AUGACGUCUGCUUUUGAGAAACAAACUACUUUACAAGAGAAAGAAUAUUUUAUUCGUUUGAAUGCUUCAAUUGAUUGUGUUAGGUUCCUACUUCUGCAAGGGUUAGCAUUUCGUUGUCACAACGAGAAAGAAGACUCGGAUAAUAAAGGUAACUUUCUUGAAUUAUUACAGUGGUUAGCCGAUCGAUGUGAUGUUGUAGAUCGUGUUGUGUUAAAAAAUGCCCCAAAAAACGCACAAAUGAAAUGCGGUGAAAUCCAGAAAGAUAUUGUGCAAGCAUGUUCAGAUGUAAUUUUAAAUGUUAUUAUGGGUGAGCUUGGAAAUGAUUUUUUUGCAAUUUUAGUAGACGAGUCACGUGAUGUGUCAUCUUUGUCACUAAAGGCUACCAUUUAUGAUAUGCUUUCAAAACGGAAUUUGAGUCCUAGUAGGAUUAGAGGACAAGGCUAUGAUGGUGCUAGCAAUAUGAGUGGUGCAUUCAAUGGAUUAAAGACUUUGAUUAUGAAUGAAACAAAAUCUGCACACUUUGUUCAUUGUUUUGCUCACCAGUUACAGUUAGUCCUAGUGUUUGUUGCAAAGAAUCACACGACGGUUAAUGAUUCUUUUGAUGUGGUUUCUCGGCUGUUAAAUAUUAUUGGAUCUUCUUACAAACGACGAGCUAAGUUAAGAAAAAAACAAGAAGAUAAAGUUAUGGAAGCAUUGGCUGAAGGUGAGCUUGAGAGUGGUACCGGUUUGAAUCAAGAAGUCGGUAUUAAACGAUCGUCUGAUACUCGAUGGGGUUCUCAUUUUGCAUCUUUAUUAAAUAUCCAAACCAUAUAUGCUUCCAUUUGUGAUGUACUUGAAGAUCUUGGUGAAUUUGAUAGUGAUCGUGAUCGUAGAGCUGAAGCAAUUCGCAUCUUAAAAUGGUUAAAAUCGUUUGAUUUUGUGUUUUGUCUACAUUUGAUGAUUGAUAUCUUGGGAGUGACGGAUCAUUUGAAUACACUACUACAAAGAAAUGACCAAGAUAUCAUAAAUGCCAUGAAUCAAGUAAGUAGUUCAAAAAAAGCAAUUCAAGAAAUUAGGGAUAUAGGAUGGGAACCACUUUUAGAGAAAGUUACUUUGUUUUGUGCUAAAAACGAAGUUAAAGUUGUGGAUUUGGAAGAUGAAUAUUUUAAUGGAUACAGUCGUCGCAGAGUUGAUGUAUUCAACGAAGUGAUUGAUAUGCAACUUCAAGAGCUGAACCAACGCUUUAAUGAAGCAAACACGAAUUUACUUCUUUGUAUUGCUUGUUUGUGCCCAAGUGGAUCUUUCAAAGCCUUUGAUUUAGAAAAAAUAAUGAAAAUGGCUUCACUUUCUCCGGAAGAGUUUCCUACAGAAUAUGAUCUUCGAGUUCUUGAAGUGGAACUUGGAAAUUACAUUAAAGAUAUGCGAGAAGAUGAACGAUUUAAUGAUUUGAAGAGUAUUGGAGACCUUGCCAAAAAGAUGGUUGAAGAAAAGAAGCAUAUAAUAUUUCCUUAG